GGGGCGGGCUUGGGCGAUUCGGGUGUGGGCGGACUCCGGCUUUAUUGCGCCCUCCAUGCUGCUUCGCAAGGAGGGCGUCCGCGAAGCGAGGGUGGUGCCGCCCACCUCCCACGCCCGCUGCUUCCACACGGGCGUCGUCCUCGGAGCCGCGGACUCGGCUGUGGCAAUCAACAUCUGCGACGGACUGCGGGGCGUCAUACGAGUGGGCGACGCAGUGUACUUCCUAGAGCCGCUGGAGGAUAGUGCGGAGUAUAGUGAGAGUGCCAAUAGCGAUAGUGAUGAUAGUGACGAUUUUGUGGCGACGGAUUAUGAGAUAUUCGACGGCACUGAGCCCAGGCUUCACUCGUUCCGGCGGACGGCGGCGCGCGACCUGUGGCGUCAGGGACAAUACCACCAGCACCACCAACACCAUCAGCACCAACACCACCACCAUCACCAUCACAGCGAGGAAACGCCUGAGGAAAAUGAGAUCGACGACGAUGACGACGACGAAGCGCCCUCGUCUGCUGAGUCGUCGUCGUCGGGUCGUCAGAAGCGGGAGGACGUCGAGGUUCACAACUGCGACGCGAAGGGAAAAAGUUACAUCGACACACAUGAAGGAGUGGCCGCAGCCCCCCACCACCGCACGCGUCGCUUCCUGUACUCGCGGCGAUACACCAUCGAGGUUAUGGUGGUGAUUGACGGCAAGAUGGCGCGCUACCACGGGAAGCACGUCGACCAGUACGUGCUCACGCUCAUGUCGGUGGUGGCCCUGAUCUUCCGCGACGCGAGCAUCGGCAACCGCAUCGACAUCGCCGUGGUGGAGGUCCUGCGUCCGGAGCGGCAGUCGUUCGUGCCGAAGCGAUCCUACGAGAACAACGCCGAGUCGAUGGGCAAGUCGGCCGAGGAGAUGCUCAAGAUGUUCUGCAAGUGGCAGAAGCAGGGACUCAAGUACAACACCAACCACCCGAGGCGCUACGACACGGCGCUGCUGCUCACGAGGGAGAACAUCUGCCGCAACCCGUGGACCAAGAGCUGCGACACGCUGGGCCUGGCGGAGCUGGGCACCAUGUGCUCCAAGCACUCGUCCUGCUCCAUCGUGCAGGACAACGGCCUCUCGGCGGCCUUCACCAUCGCGCACGAGCUGGGACACCUGCUCAACAUGCCGCAUGACAACGACGACAAGUGCAAGCUGAUCCGAGGCUCCAAAGACGACAGCCACCGCAUGAACGUCAUGAGUCGCAUGCUGGACCACAACACGCUGCCGUGGGUCUGGUCCAACUGCUCCAGGCACAUCCUCACGGAGUACCUCAACGGCGGCCACGGGCGGUGCUUGGAGGAGGAGGCAUGGACCAACAAGCUGGUGGAGGAGAAGACGGAGCUGACGCUGGCCGGCGAGCUCUUCAACGCCAGCAAGCAGUGUCAAUACGUCUUCGGGAAGUCGGCCAAGAUCUGCCCCCACAUGCCUCCGUGCAAGCGGCUGUGGUGCACGACGGCGAUGGACGAGAAGGAGGGGUGCCGGACGCAGCACAUGCCGUGGGCCGACGGCACCGUGUGCGAGGCGGGCAAGUGGUGCCUCAGGGGCAAGUGCGUCGACAAGAACAAGGGCGCCAUGAAGAAGGUGGACGGGCAGUGGGGCGACUGGCUGCCGUGGAGCGCCUGUUCGCGAACGUGCGGCGUGGGCGUGCAGCGGUCGGAGCGGCGCUGCGACUAUCCGAAGCCCCAGUACGGCGGCCGCUACUGCACGGGCGAGCGCGUGCGGUACGAGUCCUGCAUCAUGAGGCCGUGCUCUUCUGGCGCCAUCGACUUCCGCACGCAGCAGUGCCAGGCGUACAACAACAAGAACUUCGGUUUGCCGGACAUUCCCGAGGAUGUGAAGUGGAUUCCCAAAUAUGCCAGCAUCCGGCGCGAGGACAGCUGCAAGCUCUUCUGCCAGGUCUACAACAACAGCCGCACGUACUUCCAGCUCCGGGAGAAGGUGGAGGACGGGACGCCGUGCGGGCCGGACACCUACGACAUCUGCGUGAACGGCGAGUGCCGCGUCGCCGGCUGUGACUACGUGCUCAACUCCACGGCCAAAGCGGACAGCUGCGGCGUGUGCAACGGCGACAACUCCACAUGCAAGGUCACCUCGGGCUCCAUCGACGAGAGUCGUCGCUACGGCUACUCCGACAUCGUGGUCGUGCCCGAAGGCGCCGCCAUGGUCGACGUCACGCAGAGGUCGUUCAACGAGCAGGCGGCGGAUGACAAUUACCUGGCGCUGGUGGACUUGGAAACAGGCGAGUACCUCCUGAACGGCCACUGGAUCGUGACGCCGUUCCAAAAGCUGGUGGAGUUCGGCGGCACCUUGAUAGAGUACACGGGGUCCAACUCCGGCACGGAGAGGAUCAACUCUACUAAACCUUUGCAGAAGAGGCUGCUCGUGCAGAUCUUAUCUGUAGGGAAUCUUAGCCCUCCUUACGUCAGGUAUAGCUAUACAAAGUCGAACUUAUUAACUUCGCCGAACUAUUAUUGGAGAUUAGGUGAAUGGAGCAACUGCACGGAACCAUGCAUUGGCGAGCGGCACAAGUCGGCCUACUGCGUCCGGGCCGACACGGGCGAGGCGACCAUCGACGAGAUGUGCCUCGCCCACCCGCGCCCCGCCACGCUCACCGAGUCCUGCGCCCACACCUGCCCCGCCAGCUGGACGUACAAGGAGUGGUCCGCGUGCGGGCUGAGCGGCGGCACGUGCCUGCGCAGGCGUGAGGUGGUGGGCUGCGUCUCGAGCCUCGGCAACAGCGUGGAGGCGGAGCGCUGCGAGGAGGACCAGCAGGCGACGGAGGAGGCGUGCCCCCGCGAGGAGUGCCCCUUCUGGCAGUACCACGAGUGGUCUCCGUGCAAGUGCGUGAGCGGCGAGGCGAGCGGCGAGCGGCGGCGCCUGUACUCCUGUCGGCUGCGCGACCGACCCAUCUCGGAGUGGGAGUGCGCGCAGCUGGAGGCGCCGAAGGACACUGGCAACUGCUCCUGCUGGUACGCCGAGGGAUGGAGCUCGCUGGGCGGGCCGCACGCCGGCUACGACAACUCGGUGGGCGGCGAGCACAAGCGGCGGCAGCACCCGCGCCACCGCCACCCGCCGCCCGACGACGCCAACGACAUCCCCAACGCCCUGCCCAGCGGCGGCCUCGACGACAAGGACUUCCUGGACAACCGCGUGGACGGCGGCGGCCACCGCUACGACGCGCGGAGCGGCAAGGAGCGCGGCCCCGGCGGCCAACAGCCGUGGCACCGGCCGCGCGGCUCGCACAGGGGCCAGCACCACAGCGGCGAGGAGGAGAGCAACAGCGUCGUGCAGGAGUACGACCACGACAGGCGCUACAAGAACAAGAACAACUGGCAGACCGGCGACUGGGGCAGGUGCUCCCGUGACUGCGGCGGAGGCCAGAAGAGGCGCCAGGUGGUGUGCCUGGGGCCGGAGGAGACGUGCCCGCUGGAGGAGAAGCCCACCGACGUCGCCUCCUGCAACAGCGAGAUCUGCACCGAGUGGUCGACGGGCGGCUGGGGCCACUGCCACACGCGACGGCCCCGCUGCGGGCGCGGCACGCAGCAGCGGCUGGUGGUGUGCCGCGCCGUGGACGGCGUGGAGCUGCCGGAGGAGCGGUGCCACCAGGAGGACCGGCCGACGCACGCGCGCCCCUGCAAGACGCCGUGCAACAAGGCCAGCGGGCGCGGGCAGCGCUACCGCUGGAAAGCCGGCGAUUGGUCCACGGUAAAGUAUAAGAGGCACCCCCUCCCCCCGCCCGGGCCCCACCCACCCAAAAGGAAGUUUAAAAACAAUAAAAAUAAAAAUAAUAACCGCAACUAUCAUAAUUCUGCAUCUGUGGGUCAGUCCUCCUCCUCCUCUUAUCCCUCUUCCUCCUCUUCUUGCUCGGAGGAGUGUGGCCGCGGUGUCAAACAGCGCGAAAUUACCUGUGUAGACACGGGGGUGAACAUAAAUCACGGAGGUGUCUUGUCAGGGGAAGUGCAGGUUCAUAGCGAUUACUGCUUGCGGGAGGGCCUGUCCAAGCCCAGGGAGAAAAGGGGCUGUAACACGCAGCCCUGCUCCUUCCGCUGGGCCUCGUCCGCGUGGUCUGAGUGCUCCAAGUGGUGCGACGCCGGCCUGCAGCUCAGGGACGUCGCCUGCCACACCGUCAACGCCCUCGGCUGGAUGGACCCGGAGCCCUUGGCGCAGGGCUGCAGCGAGCGCAAGCGGCCGCGCAACUCCCGCAAGUGCAACCUGGGCGACUGCGCAGGAGGCUUCUUCUGGAGGGUCAGGCCGUGGAAGCCGUGCCAAGCAUCCUGCGGCCAGAAGGGGCGGCAGAGGAGGAGCAUUUACUGCGUCGACGCCAACGAGCAGAAGACGAGGCGGUCGAUGUGCCCCAAGGAGCACAGGCCCAAGAGGAGGCAGAAGUGCACCGCGAGGCCGUGCGGAUUCACCACAUGUGCUGAGGUAGGAAGUCCCUUUAGGGUUGUGAGGACUUCAGAGACAUUACUUGCCAUGAACACUAUUGGAAACUUGUUCAACCCCGAGACGUGCCCCCACGAGGGCAAGCGCCGCUCCGACUGCGACUGCGAGACCGACGAGACCGACCGAUCGGGCUACACGGCCUUCAGCAGGAUUCGGCUCAACACGACGUCCCUCUCCGUGGAUGCGUACGACUUCACCUUCGCGCGAGCCGUGGAGGGGCGCCGCCUCGUGCCCUACGGAGAGGCGGGCGACUGCUACAGCAAGGCCAAGUGCCCCCAGGGAGGCUUCUCCAUCAACCUGGCGGGGACGGCGCUGGCGGUCUCCUCCAGGACCACGUGGCUCAGGAAGGGCAGCCACGCGGCGCACUGGAUCAACAGAUUAGAUGAUAACCAGAGAAUCCUCGGGCGGUGCGGAGGAUACUGCGGCACGUGCACCCCCGACCCGUCCAUCGGCAUCAAGCUAGGCCUGAGGGACGGUUGACCCCCAGACCGCGUAGAGGCUCUGAGAAGGAUCAAAUACUACUUCUAAGGUGUUAUAUGGGUUCGUGCUCGUGUGUGUCGCGUCCUCUGCUGAGAAGAAAAGGGGAGGAAAAUGAGUGAAAAAAAAGUAAAAACGACGAUUCAAGUUGCUCAUUACGAGAGAGAGAGACUUCUUGGGGCGAUGAAACGUCCAGAAGAUUCCUGAUAUUGUGCUCUGAAAGAAGGGCGUUUCUAGAGCGCCGAAAAACGCAGGAUCUAUUACCUUCAAGGCAUCUUCCCUUAACUGAAUGCUGCAAACAGAAAGCAAUAUAAACAGUGAGGUGUACUUGUAAACAAAGACAAUGAAUUUUAGAUGUAAGGCAACUUUUAGUGUAGCAGAAGUAAGACAAUAACAACCAAAUAUUUAAACACUGCCAUUAUGUUACAUGUAUGUAUUAAAAAAAAGUAAUAAUGAUGAUAAUAAUGAUUAUAAAAGAUCUAUGGAGAAAUCGCAUUGAUCUUAUAGCUCUCUUGUGUAAUAAAAGUGAUUCUGGAACACAGUCGCAGGAAUGCAUUCAAGGCAAAGAAAGACUUCUUAAAAACAAGCAAAACAAAAGAAGAAAGCAGGGUGGGGGAAUCAUUACCUUCUGGCACACACCAGCCUUCCUCUGAUCUCAAGAUAAAGGAAAGGGAGAGUGUAACUAAUCUCCGCUUUAAGGUAGUAUGGUUAUGUAAAAUUCGGAAGACUGACAAAGGGAAAUUUUCCGUAAAUAUAAAAGCAUGUCCAGAUUACUAGUAUGAGAUAGUUUAUACUAGACAGUCGAGAUGUUUUAGGUAUAUUGUCACAAAGUUAGACUCAUUGUUUUGCUUUGUCUUCAGCCAUAUUAAUUCAGUGCACUAAAGCACAAUCACAUAUAUUCAGCCAAGUGCACUUUUGAACAUCAGUAAAGAAAACACAAAGAUUAUAGACUUUUAGGAAAAGAGAUAUUGCAGAGCAAAUUAAGGAAUGCAUUUUAAUGGAGACUUCUGUUGUAGUUUACGAAUGUUAAUUUGGCUCUCGUGACAAUAUUGGCAUAUUUCGAGUAAACACCGUAAUAAAAGAAGACAUUAGUAAAUGAGUCAGAAAGGUUAAUGUAGCUAAAACAUCUUAGCUGGGUAGUUACUGUUAUCUUUCAUUUGAUGUAUAUUUCUUAGAAUUUGCCUAAUAGAUGCUAUUGAUGAAGAGAUCAUACUUAGAGUAAGUUGACUAUAAGUUUUAAGGUUGCAUUUUUCUUUUCUCUAGAGAGAUUUAAUUUUAAGAUUUUGCACUAAUUACUGCAUAGAAAUGUGAACAUGCUUUGAGUGUACUUUGAGUCUGGCAUCUCAGGAACGGCUCAUACGUUUGGGAAUAGAUGCUGUUGCAGAGAGAGAGAAAGAGAAAAAGCUAAAGAGAGAGAUUAGAAUAAAGAGUGAACUCAAGCUUCAUGGUCUGCUUGCUGUGUAAUUUGACUUGUCUCACUUGAAGGAUUCUGUGAGCUGUCUGCAACAAGGAUUCCUGGAGCAACCAUAACGAUAGCCCUGGUUGGCUGUGUGUCUUCCGCAAAUCGGUGUCUACCUUGAGUGUCCGUUUCAGGCAACGCCACUCCUCCUCUGCCAAUAGUAGUGCAUGAUGUGGCUGGUUCACGAAGCACCACUGAUUGACUGCCACUGACUGCUUUCUCUGCCUGGUUGGGCGACGACCAAACGGGCCCUAUUCUCUGCUGUGUUCCCUUGCUCUUGAUGUGUUUCUCUGAGAUCUGUUACUUCUGGUAUAUGAAUAUAUAUAUUUGAUGUGGUGUUUGCAAAUGCCUUUGGUGUCAUCAGGACUGAGUUUGGUUCUUUUGGAAGAAAGGUAGCCUUAUUUAUUCAUUCUUGAUGGUAUUUAUAUAAUAUACACGUCAUUUACUUCUUUGUAUCACUACUAAAUAGACCUAGAUUAGUAAUGUGAAUCUACACUGCCAUCAUUACAAUCAUCCAUCAUAAUGACCUAGCUCCUGCGAUACUUACACUGCCAGCUUUACCUUCAAAGUGUCUACUUUGUUUCCCCCAAUCACUGUCAUUCUCUGAAUCGAUCGCGGUCAUGUGACCCCAUUUGAUCCAUGAAACCCUAAAGGGAUAUGCCCUGAUUUGUACCAUUUCACACGAAGGUCUUUAUUGGUCCAAUGCGCUGCUCCUUUGCCACUGCGUCCAGACAGCUAUGUAGCUCUUGAUGGAAGUAUGACCCACUUCGAAGUCUCUGAUUUAAGGAGACUUUUACAGCAUAAGAAGUGGACCUAAACAUUAUGUUUCUCCUGAAUGCUAUUGUUGAUGCUCCUCAUUCCCACCGUAUCUAUGCAUUUUUUUAAAUAGGAAGGAAGAAUAAUUAUUGUCUUAUCAUCUCUCUGUGUAUCGACUUACGUGAUGCUAAGGUUUUGUUUUGGGUAUGUGCCUCUUUUGGCUCAAUCAUUAGCAUAUUUUUUUCCUACUCGUUGAUGGUGCCAUAUGAGUUUUUUUUUUCUUUUCUUCAAUGUUUUAUUUCUUAGGUUAGCUUUAUAUGUCUUGUUUCUGUAUCUUCUUUGUUUAUAUACAUAUAUAAGCUUUCAUGACCACACCAUGGACUAUCUGAACUUUUACUGAUAAGGGAAUUAACUUUUCACCAGGACUGUACAUUGCAAGUUUUUUUUAUAAGUAAGUUAUUGAUUUAGGCAACAGCACAUUAGUACAAAAUGUGAAUCAAUAUUUAAAAAUUAUAACGUGAGUAUUUUGCAGUGCUCUUCCCUAAUUGCAAUGACUGUUCCUUAAGGUUGUACACUUGAGUGGUCAUCAAAGGUAGAUCUGAAAUCUUUAAUAUAUAUAUGCAUACAUAUAUAUAUUAUAAACUGUCCUUCAGGUCAAUUUUAGUUGUAUGUGUUUAAUAUCUAAUGGUUGUUCUUUAAUAUUUUUUUGAUAUGAUUAUAUUUUUCCGAUAGUUCAUUUGCAAUUCGAAACACCAAUAUGCUAUGUGUUUGUUUCAGUUAAUGGAUAUUUAUAACAGGGCAUAGAAGAGCAGGCUUUGAUUUUAAGAAGAUAGGUAUACCGUGACUGUGUUAUAUUCACGCAUAUGCACCUUGCACUCAUGCAUUCAACACUUGCGUGCGCAACAUGCUGUACACACGAAGUGUUAUUGACAAGUAAAAUGUAUUGAACUUUAACUAACCGUGUGCUAAAAAGUAAAAAAUGAAUAACCGUAGAGAAUAUAAAUGAUAAAUUAGAUUUAAAAACAACACAGCACUUGACAUAAAUAUCCAUAAAAGAUAACGAGAUUGGCCAUGCAUGACCAUUCCAGUUUCAAUGACAUUUUACUCGAUUGUAGCUUUGUGUUUUUCUUUCUUUUUUUAGUUGUUACUUUGCUGUAUAUAUUGUAUAUAUGUGUACAUAUGUUAUACUGUUAGUUACAUGUAAUUUCCAGUGUUAAUCUAGUCAGUAUUUUUUUUUUUUCAUUAUUUUUUGUAUUUUUUGAAUUUCGUUUUUUUCUUUUCUUUUUUAAUGGUGAUGGCAUACUCUUUCUCUCUCUCUGUUUUUGUGCAUUUCUUUCAAUUUCUGAUAGCCUGCUAUGAAGAAAAGGAAUAUGAGAUGUUGGUAGGAAUAACGCACAAUCCCACAUGUUGUGAAGGGUUGAAAAUAUAAUUGAGAAUCUUUUUCCUGCACACAGCUAAAUGAGUAAUGUAGAAAGGUGAAUGUAUAACUACAUAUGAUUAAAAAAAAAAGUAGAACAAAAAUAGAAAAAAAAAACAAUUUAUAUUUCCUAAAAUGAGAAUCGUAAGAUUUCCAAAAUGCUCAUAUUUUGUAAUUUUGUACGUUGGGAAAAGAUAUAUAUAUUUGUAAUAACCAUAUGCCGAAAAAAAAUGAUUAUUAUGUGCUGAUAUUAAUGGAAAUAUGUGACAUACAUCUUUCCAAUAUGCAAUACAAUAUAUGACCUAUACUUCUUGUUUGUAGAUUUAUUUUUAUUUUAUUUUUUGUUUUCCAUCAGAUCCGUAUUUCUUUCGUCUCUGUAAUAAUGCAUGAAUCUCCUUUCGAAAUACUCAAAUAGUUGUCCCAAGCAAGAGGUAUGGCGUCACGAAAAUGCUAGGAUAAAAUUUGCGGUUCUGUGAGUCCAUGUCGCUUAAACUUUUAUUGUUACUAACGGGAUAUGAUGGCUGAUGAUGUUCUAUGCCUUGUCUCCUUUUUAUUUUUUUCUAAUGAAUUGUAACUUAUUCAAUAAAGUGAUUUUCUAA